AUGUCAAGGGCUAUGACGACGACUCCCGAACCGAUAGAAGAACCUACUCACGUUACUUUUCUUCUUCCUUCCAAAAAAACUUGCUCUUCUUCUAGCAGAGCCUCUUCCAUAGUAUCGGUUUCUUCAACUAAUUUUGCUUUAAAGCAACCACGUUAUCAUACCUUAUAUCAACCCUCAUGGCGUGAACAAUUGGCUGUCGAACUUGAUAAUUCCGAAAUUGGCAGCAUAUGGAAGCUUGUGGAUGCUUUCCUCAAUAUUUUACUUUGUCUGAUUUAUAUUGCACAUACUGGUUAUAUGAAGGAGCCUUCCUUACCAACGUUUAACGUGUGUUUUGAAGUUGUGGUGGCCAUCCUGUUAGUUAUGGAAUAUGUUCCAAAGUUUUAUAUAUAUGAGUUCGAAUCAUGGAAAUCAUUGAUUACCAAAGUUUCACCUAUCCUUACAGCUUUGACCGUUUAUCCCGUGUUUGCUAUUGUAACUGAUCCGAAUUUUAAUGAAACCCGUUAUAUUGUCUUUUUUUAUCCUUUUCGUUUUAUUCGAUGUUAUUUAUCCGUGCGUGAUUGUCUAGUGAGAAGUGAAAAAUCAGUUUUAAAACUUGGUCAAGUUACUAGUAAGACUUUGAUUUUUUUUACAACGAUUUUGUUUCUUAUUUUGGCUGGUUCUUCAUUGUUACAUGGUGUUGAAUAUGCCUACAUGGAUGCAAAAAAUAUUACUUUCUUGGAUGUACCUGAUAACGCAUUUCCAAGAAUUCUUCUUUUGGUGAUAUUUACUACGGGUCUCAUCUUGAUUCCGUAUUCUAUAUCAGAAUUGACCAUGUUGAUACGCUCAAAAUCCGUUUACGACAAACCAUUCCGUAAAAUUUCACAACAACCACACGUUAUUAUAAUAGCACCAACUAUAGAGCUACCAUCGUUAAGACAUUUUUUGAAAGAGUUUUAUUCUUUAGCACACGGUUCCGCCACUUUCAAUACAAAAGUUGUAAUCUUAAAUCCUCUGGAACCAACUGAUCGCGUGAGAACGUUUUUAUCUGAUCCCGUCUUUGCACAUCGUGUACAAUAUAUUCGCGGAAGUUCUCUUGAUGCACGUAACCUAGAAAAGGUUGAUGCAAAAAAUGCUUGUGCAUAUUUUAUUCUGGCUAAAAAAUAUACUCAACAAAGCGAAAUAAUUGAUGCAGAGAAUGUGUUAAAAACAAUUGCUUUAAGUAAAUUCGAUGAAGGUCCAAAACUUUAUAUUCAAUGUAUUCUUCCAGAAAAUAAAAUUCAUUUCGAAAGUUUAAACCCGGAGCAAAUUAUUUGUAUCGAUGAAUUGAAAUUAGCCAUUCUUGCUCAUUCAUGCCUGACCCCUGGAUUUUCCACGCUUUUAUAUGGACUUACUACAUCAUUUACCUUUGAAUCAGCGAAUGAGUUAAGACGUGGGACAAGGAAGCGACGACGCUCUUCUGUCUGCUUGGACAAUGACGCUAUCGAGGAUUAUAUUACCGGAUUUUCCCAGUCAAUUUACACUACCACUUUAUCCGACCAUUUCUCUGGGCAUAAUUUCUUGUCAGUUACUGAACGUCUUCACGAGGACUUAGGUGUUGUAUUAUUUGCACUUGGAAUUCCGAAACAACACUCGCUUGACAUAUCCACUCGUUGGAUGUUCGAUCAAAAAAAUGAUUACAACGUGGAUGGUCCUAAAAGCUACACGGUAUUGAUUAAUCCUGAUGAUUAUAUUUUAAAUGGUGAUGAAAUUGGAUUUGUCAUUGCGUUGGAUGGUUCGCUUGCAGAUGGUGUUUCUACUUAUGAAUGGCGUGGUGGACAAAAACAACAUAAAGUUAUAUCUGUUCAUUCUGAACAACAGUCACUGUUGACAAAUGAUACACUGAAAAAUAAUGGUGGAGGUUCUUAUUUCGAUAAAAAAAAAGGUCAUCAGACAACUACACAAAUGGCAUCUGACAUUCCACACCAUGAAUAUCCACAUAAACCUGAUUUUUUUACGUUGAGGCGUCAGCGCGCGUUUUCAACGCCUCUCGCACUUGCUGUGGAUCACGAAACUCAUCAUUAUUCUUCAUCUAAUAUUACAUUAUCUUCACAUGCCCAUGACGUAGAAAGCAUAAGUUCUGUAAUAGAUACAAUCACUGGACACAUUCUUUUGUGUGAUUACUCUCAGACGACUUUUCCACGCAAUCUUGAUUGUUUUGUCAGUCCAUUACGUAAACCUUAUUUAGAAAAAAUUACACCGAUUGUGAUUUUGUCACCUACAAGGCCAACUCAAAGCCAAUGGAAAAUACUGUGUCAAUUUGACCAAGUAUAUUUUGUGCAAGGGAACCCCAUGAUGCGAGAAGGUUUGGACUGUGGACGAGUGAGAUUCGCAAAGCAAGCGGUUAUUUUGGCAGACUCUACAAGAUUGUUGAGAAAUGGUGAAAAGACUGAAGAUGCGUCAGCGAUGUUAGUAUUUUUAAACAUUAAAGCAAUGUGUAAAGAGAACAUUGAUGUUUUUGUAGAAUUUGUCCACAUGGAUAAUAUGAAAUUUAUGUCUGAAGAUGCUUCAGCCAUCGAUAAGAGUAUGCAAGAUCCCAGUACAUUCAUUUGUUGGAUAUCAAUAUGGGGAGCUGUUUCGCUCUAUGGUGCAAAAGAAAGUCAUACCUCUAGGGUUGUACCGCACUAA